UCGGGACUGUCGCCAGGGUGAGACACACUCGACUUUCCAUGUCCAGUCCAUCUUUGGCCGCUUGUUUUUCCCUUUACCUCUCCCUGCGAGCAUCCGGACACACGCCUCUUCAAUAUCUCACCACUCUCAUUUCUUAAUAUCAAUUCCGCCCUUGUGCAGCCUCUCGCUAAGAUCCGUUUCAAUCGCUACACGUUUCGAGCCAUACCCCUGAAAACAACCUCCCACGCAUUGGAUAGAAUCAACGACAUCCAAACAGCUAAAGCCCGUGCCCAGCCGAAUUGAAGAUGAAAGGCUCCGGCCUCUUCUCCGUCCUCUCGACACUCCUGCUUGUCUUCAUCGCUUUUUCGUCGGCUUGGCCUUGGCCUGGGGCGUGGAACAAUCAUGAGGUUGAUGCGUUGAUUGUGCGGCAGGCGGAGGAAAGCGAAACAGACAAAGCCACAGCCACUUCGAGGUCGGCGUCAGCAUCCAAAAGUGCUGCCUCGGAGUCAGAGUCAGAAUCGGCGUCGGCCUCCGCGUCCGCGUCUGCUUCAGCCUCUGCAUCUGCGUCAGGGUCGACCUCGGCCUCAAAAUCAGGAGAUAAGACUGCGUCAAACACCAAGAGCGGGACGAAAACCAGUCAGACGAAAACAACGUCCAUUGACGCCCGUCUUCCCCCGGGCGGUGUUUCUAUGAUUACUCCUGCAGCUAUUGACGGAGUCCAAUACUACAAAGUGGGCGAUCAGAUCACCUUCAAAUGGAAUUACACUUCCCUUUCGGUGACUCCGUCAGCCAUCGAUGUUCUGGCUUCAUGCUCUAUGAAUGCUGCCACAUACACCAUCUCGUCGAACAUGUCUGUGGAAGAGACCGGAGCUGUUACCUGGGACACGGGCGAGUACCAGUCUACGGCCACGAAUCCCUUCCCAGUGGCGAGCUAUACCUUGAUAAUUCAUGACGCAGCCAAGGAUGUUACGGAUGUGGCAUCGGCUGGAUAUUUGAAUGCAUAUUCGCAAUACGUCUUUGGCAUGUACACACCGCAACCAUAUACUCCCUUGAACGAAUUCAAAUGUGCCACCUGCAGUGGCGCGCUCUCAGUGCACGAAAAACAAGCCCUGGGUGUUAUACUGAUUACCGCGGCCAUCACGACCAUGUCCUUCACAUGGUUUGCGUCUGGAUUUGGCGUCUUUUCAUGAACACGUCACGGUUCCAUCUAUAUAUUUAUAUUCCGUACCCGACGAAGUCAAAUCGUAUGACAAAUAUUGACGACACGUAUUGUUUACAGCAUAGCGACCCAAUUGGAAAAUUGUAUUUGGAGUUGGUGGGCGGAGAACCUUGAGGCGGACGGUGCCAUGAUAAUCUAUCGGAAACAUGCAUAAAUCUGGGACGGGGAAGAGGAUAGGCGCAUCCUGGCGAGCGGAAAAAUGGAAAUCAAAGGAUAGCGGCUCCUUAUGACGGGGAGAAAGAAAAAUUGACCCUUGCGAUACGGGAAGAGUAUGGCUGUGUCGGCCAUUGUCCCAGAUCAUAUAUUCGGGAAAUGCGAUAUAUCAACUCUAAUGAGCAGUGGUCAUCCACAUCCACAGCAAUUUCUAAUUGUGAACCAAAUUCCGAAACCACGGUGCAACGCAAAUCGUCAACGUACACGCCCGAACCCACACCCACAGAGUAACAGAGUUGUGAUACUGGAUAUCAGCAUUGAUUGCUAUGUUGCCCAUUCCUCCCGAUUCAGUUCAUUUGUCACCGGGAUUCUACCAACAUGGAACCAAGAUCAAUUUGCUUCACAGCCUUCCGUGAAGGGGGCUUGGUGGAUUCGACACGGCAGCCACAUUGCUCGAAGGAGAGGGAAACUAGGACACCGGCUUCUGUUCCGGUUCAAGCCUUAUCGGCCAGCUGCUCGAGUCUGCUCAGCAUCGUUACAAAUUCUCUGUCGAUUGCUAUGCCGAUUGUCAGUCUGCCCGCAGGGCAAACGGAACCUUCUUGACGCAUGUGACAAGCAUGUACUCACCACCCCUUUCCUAUUGCAUGUGAGAAAAUCCGUCGUUUCUUGAGCUGCGAUCAAAGCAGGGGGAGGUUCAAGAAGUACAAAAGCCCGUGACUUGUGCUCCCUUCAGACUUCCUUUGCCCCAUCAUCAAGCACAGUCCAAUUCCUGCCUUGUCUUUAUCUGCCUGCCUCACUUUGAACAGCACGGUUUCUUCUAUCUGUGAGCUCGAAAGAACUAUUACACGUCAUCUCACCUGCCUUGCCCGUGAAUCAUCGCCUCAAGCAAUCUUGUGUUCAGGCAAUUGGGAGACAUUCUUUUGCUUUGAGGCGAUUAGAGCAGCUUGUCUGUGCUUCAUUUUCGACCGGUUGCUUCUCGUUGCCAACCGACAAUCCAAUCAGACAGCACAGAAACGGUCCCAAGGCCAGACCAGCAAACCCGCCUUGCGCCUGUCGAGACAAGGCGCCCUGGAGAGCUUUUGGUACAUUGGUCACGCAGGGGUUUACUUCACGCGUUGAGGGUUUUGCCGAGACCUUGUACCGGUUCCAGUCGUCCAAUCCUCGCCUCACUCAGCACCGCUCAAGAGCCUGACCACUUAGACGACUGUCCAAGGUACGACGAAACGAAGGGACGAAUCAAGCACUGAGCCAUUGAUCUGGACAAACGAACCAGACGCCCCAGUUUCGAGACACAGCUACAGUGCAAUCCGAGUUCAUCAAACUGCCAUAAUCGACAAAACAACAGCAAACAGACAAACUCGCAACCAUGCCUGCUGGACGCCAAUCGACCUUGUCCGCGUCUACACGACAACCCAAGUCCUGGCUCCCUGAACACGAUGCGUUUAUCCGCCGUCAUGCCCGCAACCGCGAGGACGCAACCAGCAUCGGCAUUCUCUUUGAGACCGAAUUCCCUGGUGUCCGAGUUACGCGUGACUGGAUCGGGAUGAGGAUGAAGCAGUUGGGGCUUCUUUAGUCCUAAGAGCGACUCUUUUCGUCUGGAGGUCAACCGAGCUUUGGCGGUAAGGGCAAUAGGACUGUCUCGUCGCCCGAGCGACCAGAGUUUCUCUUUCAUUAGAAUCCCCAGUGGCAGCAUGUCCUCAAUCAUGGCAGGAGUAGGAGAAGGAGCAGGACUGAAAGAAUGGGGCUAGAGGAUGAGGUCCAGACGUGCGUGAAGGAGCUGACCCCGAUCUCCCCUACUCAGGCGUUCAUCGUCUGCCUCUUUGUCUCUGUCUCUCACAUACAAGACAGGUGGUACCAGUCAGGAAUGAAAGAUUGAGUGGGAGGAGUGGGCGUUGAGUUGUGUUUCUUGACUUAGACUUGUGCUUUAUGAUCUUUUCUCGGGCGAGUGCGACCUAAAUCUGAAUGUCUUGUUAACUGUCCAUUCAAAGUUAGCAAGCAAAAGGUCUUCAUGAAUUUUAAAGCCUAGUUGGUUGAACUUGCGAAAAUGUCAUGAAAAACGGGUCGUGUGUCCAAGCUCUUCAAGACCCGGUUCAAAGUAAAUAUGUCCUUCUAUGUGUAUAAAUCAUUAUGUCGAAGUGUUCAGGAGGCGAUGGGCGCCCCGAUCGUUCAUGAAGGCAAAACCCCUAAAGGCGAGGAUGAUAACCAACUGCACUAUAUGGGACGGUUGAUCGAGAAACAUACCAGAUACUGCAGUGGGUAUGCUUGACGUCAGUGACAUACGCCAACAGGUUCGUAUUUCUUGCUCGCUGCCGGAACGAUACUACAGCUGAGAGCUUUGGAGAUAAGAGGACAAAAUUCUACGGAGACACAGUACAAGACAGAAUGCGAAAGGUUCCACGAAAAGUAUGGGACCAAUGUCUAGAUUGGGACAUAGACGGUAGUAUACGUAUUGUAGAAAAAAGUACAGCUAUA